CGUCUGUCGCGCGCCGCUCGCCGCGUCCGGUGCGCGGCGGUUGUGGAAGGAUCCGGGCGGCGGGGCCCGGGCGGGCGCGAUGUCGGGGCUGCUGCACACCACGCUCAGCGGGCUCAACAGCGACUCGUACUGCGAGAUCAGCCAGUACCGCGACCAGCACUUCCGGGGUAGCAGGCAGCUGCAGGAGAAAUCGCUGAAGAUUUCCUCCACGCUGUAUGUCGGCAAUCUGUCCUUCUACACCACCGAGGAGCAGAUCCAGGAGCUCUUCUCCAAGUGCGGGGAUGUCAAGAGGAUUGUCAUGGGGCUGGACAAGAUCAAGAAAACCCCCUGUGGCUUCUGCUUUGUAGAGUACUACACGAGAGCAGACGCUGAGCACGCCAUGAGGUUUAUCAACGGCACGCGGCUGGAUGACCGCAUCAUCCGCACAGACUGGGACGCAGGCUUCAAGGAGGGGAGGCAGUAUGGGAGAGGAAAGACUGGAGGACAGGUGCGAGAUGAAUACCGGACAGACUACGAUGUGGGAAGAGGUGGCUUUGGCAAGAUCAUCCAGAUGCAGAAGGCAAAUCACCAGCCUGCAAUCUAUUAAUUGCCUCGUGGCUCCUAGCUUGUAGAGGGCUCUGUCCUUCCAGAGCUAGCCCUGUUCUCACAUUUGGGAUGGGGUAUGGAGUGAUCCAAGUUCCAGCAAAAGGUGACUCUCCUUAGACUGUGGAUAUACAUGUGUUCAUUCUCCCUUCUUCCUGAGCUAGAGAGGAUGUUCUGUGCUGGUACAGGGCAGCAAGGGGAAAAAAUGGACAGCUCUGUAGGAUUUUGGGCAAGAAGAAAUGCAGCAUGUCACACACACCUCAUGCUAUGACAUACCCUUCAUGUUGCACUUAAGCAGGUCGCUUCCUCCAAGCUGCAACUGCAGCUGUGGUUGCUUUCAAAUGGAACUUUUUUUAAAAGCUUAUCACCAUUGGAGCCCUCCAGGUGCCUGGCCACCUAGUGAGGAUGCACAAGAGAUUCAGGUUUCUCAUUUACAACCUCACCUGCUCAAUAAACAAUAUCACUGAAUGAGAGAAGUGGACAAGGUGUUACCAUCCACUUGGAGGGCCUGUCUGCACAUCUAGCCCUUGGGUUGGUCAGGGCCUGCAGAGCAUUUCUCUUUGUGAUGCCCCCAGUGCUGCCUGGCUUUUCAGAUCCUCACUGUUCGGUGUGAUUUUGUUAAAAGUUUCUGUUAAUUUUUUUAAAUAAACAGUUGUAUUUGGUCUGACUGAGAAGGUAAUUUCACCCCUA